AUCUGGAGCGGCACAAGUUUGUCCAACAGCAGCAGCGAGGCGCACGGCACUAAAGUUCCUCCACAGGAAUGGGCAAGUUUGAGGAGAAGUUUUUCCUCUUCUCCUCUUCAUCUCUGAUCCUCGGAGCACCGCGGGACUGGAUUUAAGGACGAACUGCUGAUUAACCGGAGCAGACCGUGGAUUUCUGGGAGCUUUCUCUCUCUGAGGAUUGGUUCUGCUGAGGAGGAACGGGGCUGAGAAAAUGUGCUCCAGUACAAAGCCUCGCAGUUUUGCGGGGCUUACGGUAGUUUUUCUGCUCUUUUUGGGGCUCCUUUGCAGAUGUGGGGCCAACACUAGGACGUGCCCCCCUUCCUGCUCGUGUUUUGGGGACCUGGUGGACUGCAGUCGACUGAAAAGGGGCCAAAUUCCAAACACGAUCCCGGAGUGGACGGUCCAACUAGACCUGAGCCACUGCAGACUACAGACUCUGGACAGCUCUUUGUUUUCCAGUCUACGACAUCUGAGUGAAAUAAAACUGAACAACAAUGACCUGGAGGCCAUCCCUGACCUGGGCCUGUACUCCUCCAACAUCACCACCCUCAUCCUAGCAAACAACAGGAUCAGCAGGAUCUCUGAGGAGCAGCUCAGGCCCUUCCUUGCCCUGGAAACCCUCGACCUCAGCAACAACAACAUGGUGGAUCUAAAGGCUGGCUCGUUCCCCGCUCUGCCGCUCAAGAACCUGUUCCUGAACAACAACCGUAUAUUCUCACUGGAGACGGGCUGCUUCACCAACCUGUCCAGCAGUCUGCAGGUUCUCCGGCUCAACCGUAACCGCCUCUCCACCAUCCCGGCCAAGAUCUUUCAGCUGCCCAACCUCCAGCAUCUAGACCUGAGCAGGAACCGUGUCCGCAGGGUGGAGGGUCUGACAUUCCAUGGUCUACAUGCUCUUCGCUCCUUAAAGAUGCAGAGGAAUGGACUGAGCCGGUUGAUGGACGGAGCCUUCUGGGGCCUCAGCAACAUGGAAGUCCUGCAGCUGGACUACAACAACCUGACGGAGGUGAGUAAAGGCUGGCUGUAUGGCCUGCUGACUCUGCAGCAGCUCCACCUCAGCCACAACGCCAUCAGCAGGAUCCGACCUGAUGCCUGGGAGUUCUGCCAGAAACUCAGCGAGCUAAACCUUUCGUCCAACCAUCUGUCCAGACUGGAGGAAUCCAGCUUCGUAGGCCUCAGCCUGCUGGACGAGCUCCACAUCGGGAACAACCGUGUGAGCUUCAUUGCAGACGGAGCUUUUCGUGGCCUCUUCAACCUGCAGAUGCUGGAUCUCCAAAAUAAUGAAAUCUCCUGGACCAUCGAAGACAUGAACGGACCCUUCUCUGCUCUGGACAAGCUGAAGAAACUAUUUCUGCAAGGGAACCAGAUCCGCUCAGUGACCAAGAAGUCUUUCUCAGGUCUGGACACGCUGCAGCACCUAGACUUGAGUAAUAACGCUAUCAUGUCCAUCCAAGCCAAUGCCUUCUCUCAGAUGAAGAACCUGCUUGAGCUACGUCUCAACACCUCCAGCCUCCUGUGUGAUUGCCAGCUGAAGUGGCUUCCCGUCUGGGUGGCAGAGCAAACCUUCCAGCCCUGCGUCAAUGCCAGCUGUGCCCACCCACAGAUGCUGAAGGGCAGGAGCCUGUUUGCCGUCAGCCAGGAGGAGUUUGUGUGUGAUGACUUCCCAAAGCCCCAGAUCACGGUGCAGCCAGAGACCCAGUCCGCUCUCAAAGGCACCAACGUCACAUUUGUCUGCUCAGCCGCUAGUUCCAGCGACUCACCGAUGACCUUCGCCUGGAAGAAAGACAACGAGGUCCUGAAUGAUGCAGAGAUCCACAACCAGGCCCAUCUGCGCAUGCAGGGAGGCGCAGGAGGCGAAACUGAGGUGACAGAGUAUACGACCACCUUACAGCUCCGUACUGUGGAAUUCUCCAGUGAGGGAAAAUAUCAGUGUGUCAUCUCCAACCACUUUGGAUCCUCCUACUCCUCCAAAGCUCGGCUAACUGUCAACAUGCUACCUUCCUUUACAAAGAUGCCGAUGGACCUGAGCAUUCGAGCCGGCGCUACAGCCAGGCUCGAGUGUGCCGCCAUGGGACAUCCUUCUCCUCAGAUUGCCUGGCAAAAGGAUGGAGGCACGGACUUCCCUGCUGCACGCGAACGCAGAAUGCAUGUCAUGCCUGAGGAUGAUGUGUUUUUCAUUGUGGAUGUCAAGACUGAAGACAUUGGUGUUUAUAGCUGCACAGCUCAGAACAUAGCUGGAGCUAUCUCUGCUAAUGCUACGCUAACUGUUCUAGAAACACCUUCCUUCCUGCGGCCCCUCAUGGAUCGCACCGUGGCCAAGGGUGAAACUGCUGUUCUCCAGUGCAUAGCUGGCGGCAGCCCUCCCCCAAGACUGAACUGGACCAAAGACGACAGCCCGCUGGUAGUUACUGAGCGCCACUUUUUCGCUGCCGCCAACCAGCUCCUGAUCAUCGUCGAUGCUGCCGAGGUUGAUGCUGGGAAGUACACGUGUGAGAUGUCCAACACACUAGGCACGCAGCGGGGGAAUGUUCGUCUGGCAGUCAUAUCAAACCCAAACUGUGACUCUGGAGUGCAGGGGGGCGUGGGAGUUGGUGUCAUUGGUGGGUCGGGAUCUGAUGAUGAUGGGUGGACCACAGUGGGAAUUGUCAUAAUAGCGGUGGUUUGCUGCGUGGUGGGCACAUCACUAGUUUGGGUGGUGAUCAUCUACCACACCAGGAGACGCAAUGAGGACUGCAGCGUCACUAAUACAGAUGAGACCAACCUCCCUGCAGACAUUCCAAGCUACCUGUCCUCCCAAGGCACGCUGGCUGAUAGACAAGACGGCUACAUCCCAUCAGAGAGCGGCAGUAGUCAUCAGUAUAUGGCCUCAUCAAUUAGUGGCUUCUACCUGCAACCAAAAGACAUGAACGGUCUGUGUCAGAUGGAUACAGGAAGUGAAGCGGACAUGGAGGCAGCCAUUGAUCCUCUGUUGUGCCAUUAUCAAGGGCCAGUUGGCUCGCUGUUUCACCACGACUACUGCACUGACCCAGCCGAAGUCUUCACAGGUUGUUCUAUCGACCAAAAGCCAGUCAGCAUUGACCCCUACUUCAACAGCCUGACCAGCCCUAAAAGAAGGAACUACCUCCUGUCUGAGCAUUUUGACCUUUGCUCCUCUACUGUCCCGCUGACCCUCCCCAACGCCCCUCUCCAUCAUGGCCCCUUCCACCAGCAGAGUGACCAUCGGCCAUCAACCGAGGAGGGAGAACUUGGCGACUAUGGGAGAACUGGGGAGCGCCCUCCUUCCUACAACACCUUCAUGGGGACAUUUGGAAAAACUCCCUGGAGACCUCACAAGGAUCCUUACACAGGCUUCAGCCCACCAUCAGUGACUCAUAAUGGAAUAACUCUCCAUGAGAAUCCAUACACUGCUGCGGACACUGAUUCAGACCUGGAGGAUAAUGGUCAAACCAAGGACUCUUCAUCAGAGCAGAGCAAUAGUGUUUAUGAACAGCCGUUUGACAGCAGCAGGACAGAUCCUGUCCCACAGCGCAGGACGAGCACUUAGCUCUUUGACUUUUCAUUCCAGAGGGAAGGACGACCUAAAACCUGAACAAUUCUACCUCACUGAAUGGACACUUCUGCAAUAAUGGACUCCUCAAUGUGCAACAAGUGAAUGUAACAAUGAACUGUUCCCCGAAGAAAGGAGCCGAUUUAAGGACAGGUGGAUACUAGAGAUGACUAUAAACAUUUUUAUAUAAAGUCUAUUAUAUUUUGUACAUAAACAGAUAACAUUAUUUUUGCUUAUCUUUGGUCCAUGAGUAUUUUCCAGCCUUGCCUGUUCAUCAUACCACCUUUGAAUGAAGCUCUGUUUUGCACAUAUGUCAACAAUAAAAAAACACCUAUCUGUA